GCACUUAGAGAGAUCAGAAAAAUUUAGAUGGAAAGAAAAUUAUCCAUAUAAAAUUAUCUGGGGAAGCGAGUCCGUCCCUCUCGUAGAGACAACUUACCCGAUCCACACACGUCGGACCCCACCUGGGUGUGGGCCCCGCUCAAUCAAUGAAAGAGCCGAUGACCCCAGGAGGGUCCCUUUCGCAUUUACUGAACGAAGGCAGCCCCAUUUUGGUCACUUCCACCCUUCCUUCGCUCGUCCCACUGCAGCAGAUCAAGGCUCGAUCGAGAAACCUAUCAUUUCCUUCGCUUUCACGUCUUCUUUUUGAGUCGCCCCACACAUGGACGCCCGUCGCCACCUCCCCUCCUCCCCUCUAUUUAACGGCCCUCUUCUCCGCUCUUCCCUCCUCAUCACUCUGCUUUCCCUUGCACACACACUCUCAGCAGUCGCCGUCGAUCUCUUUCUAAGUUCAGAGAAGCAAGAACUGUGACUCAGUGAGGGAGUAUGGAUCGGUUGGCGUCGUCGGAGACGGAGGCGAGGUGCGUGUGGGUGAACGGCCCCGUGAUAGUCGGGGCGGGGCCGUCGGGGCUGGCGACGGCCGCCUGGCUCGGCCGGCUCGGCGUGCCGUGCGUCGUGCUCGACCGCGCCGACCGCAUCGCCUCGCUGUGGCACUACCGCACCUACGACCGGCUGAAGCUGCACCUGCCCAAGCAGUUCUGCCAGCUCCCCUUCCUCCCCUUCCCUCCCCACUUCCCCGAGUACCCCUCCAAGCACCAGUUCCUCUCCUACCUCCACUCCUACGCAGCCAAGUUCGGCAUUCGGCCGCGCUUCAACCAGUCCGUCCUUUCGACGCAGUUCGAUCCCCUGUGCGGCCUCUGGCGGGUCCGCACCCUCGACCUCGCCGCCGACUCCGGGAGGACCACCGAGUAUAUUUGCAAGUGGGUCGUCGUCGCUUCCGGCGAGAAUGCCCAGCCGGUUCUUCCCGACAUCCCCGGCCUCGACAAGUUCAAGGGCCGCGUUCUCCACACCUGCGCGUACAAGUCCGGCGAGGACUUCCGCGGCCAGAGGGUGCUCGUUGUCGGCUGCGGUAAUUCCGGCAUGGAGGUCAGCUUGGACCUCUGCAACCAGGGUGCCAAGCCUUACAUGGUGGUCAGAAACUCUGUGCAUGUUCUGCCGAGAGAGAUUCUGGGGUUCUCGACGUUUGGAGUAGCAAUGGGUCUUCUGAAAUGCUUCCCGCUGAAGCUGGUGGACAAGUUCCUGUUGACGUGCGCGCUCGUUGCCUUUGGGGACACGAAGAAGCACGGCAUCCCCCGUCCAAAGGUCGGCCCUCUCGAGCUGAAGAACGUCGCCGGAAAAACACCCGUUCUGGACGUUGGUGCACUCUCUAAGAUCAGAGACGGGAAGAUCAAGGUAAUGAGAGGGGUGAAGGAGGUCACGUGCUGUGGGGCUAAGUUCGUGGAUGGGCAGGAGGUAGAGUUCGAUGCCAUCAUCCUGGCGACUGGGUACAAGAGCAACGUACCCUCCUGGCUUAAGGGUACAGAAUCGACUGUUCAUUUCUCAGAGGAUGGAAUGCCCAGAUUGCCAUUCCCCAACGGGUGGAAGGGAGAGAACGGGCUGUACACGGUGGGGUUCACUCGGCGGGGGAUCCUGGGGGCCUGCGCCGAUGCGACGAAGAUUGCCCAUGACAUAGCCGAGCAGUGGAGGACGCCUGCGACUACUGAGACCACUCGCUUCAUAGUUUCCAAAAGAUCAAGUACUCAGUAGAAACCAAGAAGAGAGGGAAACGUUCAAGAAGAAAAAGUCCAAGUAACACGGACCCCCAUCUCGCUCUCUUCUGCAUUUGCACCACAAAUGGGUGCAUGGUUAGGGUUUCAUCUCUGUUGUCUACAAGAAAAAGGUGAUACCAAGAUGAAGAUCUUGUGCUCAGUGUACAUAAGUCAAUUUUGCAUGGGAUCUUUUCCUGUGUUUCAUGGAGUUUUUCUUUUUGAGUAUAUGUAUAAAGAUCUUGUUAUAUGAGAUAAUAUAAAUAUAAUGUCAGUAUUUAUUAAAAAAUGUUGCGA